CGUUGAUGUCGAACUCGUUGAUGGCGAUGGAGGUGGCCUUCGCGGCCGUGGGCUGUAAUAAUGCAUCCCAGUGCAUGUCCAGAGCGAUUCCUACUCGUAGUGGUGGUUCGGCAUACCGGAUUGCCUACGGGGCGUCUUCAUCCAUCGCCAUAGCUUUGUUCACACCGUCCACGCCGCCAUCCACUCCCACCAUUGUGAACAGGUUGCAUGGUCAUCGUGCGCGUAUCUCGAGCGUGUACUGGGGUAGCCAAAACGUGAACAGCGGUGAGGACAGAUCCAUUAUCCUGUCGGGUGAUGCAGCUGGUACCGUUCGAGUCCACACUGAGCUCAGCGACAACCUCUGGGUCUCGCAAGAUGUCGCCACGUGCUCGGGGUCGAUCUCUGCUGUCAAUUCGAUCUCCACUCCCAUCCACACGUUUCUGCUUGCCGCGACAUCGAUCGGGGACGUCUUCGUGUACACGCUUCAGAGCAAUGGGGCGACCACCCCCUGCUCGACCCUAACACUGGGAGAACGCCACAUUGUCGAGACCAUUGCAACCAUCGGUACGAGCGAUGGCUGCAUUCUUCUGGCUCUGGGUGGUGUCGACUUGCAAGUGCACCUCUACAAGCUCGACCAUACGGCCUCGUCCACCGACCUCGUCCACAUUGCAUCGCUGUCAGGGCACAAAGGUUGGAUCCGUGGCCUUGACUUUACAGCAAGCGGGGAGCAGUCUGUCUUGCUGGCAUCGGCAAGCCAAGACCACAAAAUUCGGUUGUGGCGCAUCACGCCUGCGUCCAUGGAGGUCUCCUUUGACGCGAUGCUGGUCGGACAUGACGACUGGGUGACGAGUGUCUUGUGGGUCGCUCCAGGUCGCUUGCUCCUGUCGUCGUCCAUGGAUAACCGCCUCAUUUUGUGGCACAUGGGCCGCGACAACCACCAGUGGACGCCGCAGCUUCGCGUCGGCGAUCUCGGUGGGUCCGGCUUGCUGGCGUGCGCUGCACCACCGUCCAGUUUAUCCGCACGAGUCGUCUCGGAGGUCGUGGCGCUCACGUUUGGUGGCCAACUGCACCGCUGGGCGACGUCGAACGCAGGGCAAGUACACUUUGCUCCCAUCGCAGGUGUGACGGGUCAUACGCGUGCUGUCGCGGAUGUCGUGUGGUCGUUGUGCGGCGAUUACUUUGUGACGCUGUCGCGGGACCAAACGGCGCGGGCAUUCGCCAAGGCUGGUGGCAGCACGUGGACCGAGAUCUCGCGCGUCCAGGUGCACGGGUAUGACUUGACAUGCGGGUGCUUUGUGGACCCGUCGCGGUUUGUCAGUGGCGCAGACGAGAAGAUCCUUCGUGUCUUUGCAGUACCGGAAGGCAUGGCCGCUCUCGUGCGGGGCGAGCCCUCGUCCGCGGGCUUUGGCAUGGUUCCCGAGUUGAGUUUGACAACGAAACCAACAACGCCCCUCCACGACCCAAUGCCCACGGACCGCUUUGUCGGAGAGCAGCUGAAUCGAUCGGUGUGGCCCGAACUCCAAAAACUCUACGGCCACGGACACGAGUUGCUGUGUGUGACGACCAAUGCGGCUCGGACGACGCUCGCGUCCGCGUGUAAGUCCCGCGACGAAAAGUUUGCCGCCGUCUGGCUAUGGGACUCGUCCAAGUCGGACAUUGUCGCCUUGCAACAACUGCCCGGCCACGCGUCGUCGGUGGUGCAAUUGGCAUUCUCACCCAACGAUCAGAAUCUCAUUUCCGUGUCCAAGGAUCGGCAUGUGUGUGUCUUUACGCUGCAGUCAGAUGGAUCGUACGCCCUCGCCUCCAAGCAAAAAGUCCACAAACGAAUCGUAUGGACAUGCGGGUGGUCGCACGACAGUCGGUUUUUCGCGACGGGAUCGCGGGACGAGACCAUGUUGGUGUGGGGCCAACUCAACUCGACGUGGCAGCCAAUGUCCGCCGCGAUGUCGUUUCCGUCGGCUGUGACGGCGCUAGCCUUCGGCACGACAAACCGCGGCGCCUCCGGCAGCUAUGUUAUCGCUGUGGGCCUCGAGUCCGGGUGCAUCCACCUCGUCACGGCGACAAUCUCGGACGAAGGGCAAUGGGCAUUCGAUAUGACUCUUGCCGGCUUCCAUGCCCACGCGGGCACUGUCACAAAGCUGGCAUGGCACCCGACGACUGCUGGGCUUCUCGUGAGCUCGAGCGAAGAUGCCAGCGUCGUCCUGUUGCAAGUGGAUGGGCUCGGUGCAUCCCUUUCGUAGCAUGAUCGAACGAUAAUCAACGGAAUAGCGCCAUGUUUACAAUCGA